CCGACUCCCCCCGAAUUCAUCCAGCCUGACCUGUCCCAUGGAUUUCAAAGCACGUGUGCCUCGCAGGAAAUGACAAGCCUGCAGCAGCCCACCAUCAUCUCCAGUGGCGAGGUUUAUAUCCUCAAUGGCAGCACAGGCGGCGAGCUAAAUCCGGUGCCCUUCUUCCUGAACAAGAACCUCCGGGUCUUGUCCGCCAACCUGGACCGGGCCUUUGUGGCAGUGGAGCCGACACUGUGGACCAGCCCUGUAGAAGGGGCUUUGCCGCCGUGCUCGGUCUACUGCUUCAAGGCAGACCAAUCGGAGCCAGAAUACUGCCCGGAGUUUGAAGUCAUCAAGGCACCCAUUCGUCAAAUCGCCUUUGGCUCCAGUCACACGCUGGUGUUGACAGAUGAUGGCACACUCUACAGCCGGGGUGUGGCAAUGUAUGGCAGCACUGGCCACGGGGGAGCACGGGAUGUGCCUGAGUUCUCCGAAGUGCCGGCACUCAAGGGCCGCGAGGUCCGUUUCGUGGCGGCUGGCCCAUUCUAUUCUAUCGCCAUCACGGCGGAGUGCGACGUCUACUCCUGGGGCAAAGCCUUCUACGGCGAGACGGGGCUCUUCACCCAGGUAGAGGCAGUGCCACGCUUCGCCGCCCAGGUGACGCCCUUCAAGGUCACGCAGGUGAGCUGUGGCCAUUCGCAUGUCCUUGCACGGACGCAGAUGCAGCAGUGUGUCUCAUGGGGCGAAAACACCUGUGGCCAGUUGGGUCUGGGCCAGAAAUCCAAGCCCACCUACAAGCCGCAGCUCUUGAGCACCAUCCCGUCGCAGGUUGCGACAGUGUCUGCUGGCUGGGCACACUCAGUUGCAGUUGGGACAGACGGUCGUGCAUACUCCUGGGGUCUCAACUCGCAUGGCCAGUUGGGAAUUGGUGAUACCACCACCAGGCUAGCGCCGCACCUCCUGCAUGAUUUGGUGGGAAUACAUGAGGUGGUGGCCUGUGAGGCGGCUCGUGCCUUCACCAUGUUCCGCACCAGCAACCGAGCCUUGAUGUGUGGACAGAUCCCGCCGGACCUCACCAACACCGUGUCCUUGGACUUCGCGCCGCACCGACCUGGGAAGCACGACCCGGAGGGCUGUAUCCUGGCACCGGUGCCGCUGAAUCUCUCCACAGGGGAGCAGGGCUGCAAAGGUAUGGCCGAGCUGUCCGAAAUCGUCGCAUUCGACAAAGGAGCGAUUGCGUUCGCCAGGAGCAGCGUCUACAAAGUGAGCCCCAACGUGGCACCUAUCCAGGGCGGCACCAAGGUGCGUGCAUUUGUGACCGGGAUCCCGUGCGUUUGUGAGGAGGGAAGUCCAGAGCCGAUGAACGUCCAGGUCCGCCUGAAGUCUCACUCGCCGAACUGCGACCUCAUUGUGCAGGGGCAGGUGGUCGAGAAGGACAUUGUUGAAUUUAGUACUCCUGAUGCCUCGUGUUCUCCUCUGGGUGCUUUGGUGGAGCAAGGCACCACUCUGCCUGUCUCUGUGCGUGUUUCGGUGGAUGGUGGCUUCACCUGGACGCCGGAUCGUACUCCCAUCGGUCGAGAACUGGAGCAAGCCAUGAGGCAGCUUCCCAGUGAGCAGCAAGCUGCCGGCUACGGCCUUCCACAAGGCAGGAAAGACAUCAAUAAAGAGCUCACGGACUUCAAGGGUGACUUUGAGGUCCGCCGGCGCGCACUGGCAGUGACCUCCCAGAGCUCCACCAUGCUCUGGUAUUGUCGAUGGCCUGCUGAGGGACCUUCCCAAGUCGAGCCAGGCUGUGCCACGGUAGCUGGAGGCACGGAGGUGCUCAUCCAUGUGGCGCUGCCGGCCCGCAUGCCCACGGAGAACCUCACGGUGAAGUUCCUGUGCACACCCAAGAAGACCCUGGACGAUCCAGAGCUGGAGGCACGUGCACCCAUGCGCCGGGAUGCGGCAGAGAUCACCAACCCAGACAAGGAAACCAUGGCCAAGUUGCCGUUAGCUGGUGCUCUGGAAGUUCCUGUCAUCGCCUUCUUGGACCCUGCUGGCCGUGGCGUGUGUUGCGUGUCUCCUCCCAUGGAUGCAGAGUGUGUGCAUUACUACGACUACUCAGUGAUGGUGUCCUUGGAUGGCCUCAACUACAUGCAGCGCAGUUUGCCCUUCAAGAUUUUUGACAUCCACGUCAUGGAGCUGGAGCCGCGGCUGGGGGUCUUGUCGGAGCCCACUGAGGUGCGAGUGAAGACUUCAGGCUUCGUAGAGUCAGAGAUCCUCAAGGUCCGCUUGGAUUUUCCCAAAGAAUGCGGCAAAGGGCCCAAGACGGUGCCGGCGCAGUAUGACCACACCUCCGGGGAUGUGGUUUUCACGAUGCCUCCGCUGGAUGUGCCGCGGAAGGCGGCGACAGAAGAAGCUGAAGGAGACGAGGCUGCGGACACUGGUUCUUCCGCGACGGAGUCUGCUGUAGCUGGUGUGGAGGUCUUCGUGGAGCUCUCGCUGAAUGGGCAGAACUUUACAGAGGACCACGUGCAUUUCUGCUACGUCGGAGAUAUCAACCCUGAGGUCAUGCGCCUGCUGGCCAAUCCUGAUGGCAAUCUCCCAGAAGAGGAUCCAAAGGCGAAGCCCAAAAAGGGCCAGGAGGACGAACUGGUGACCUUGCAGAAGGGGUCAAAGAUUGGAUGCGUUACCACCGGUCUGCCAGCCAUGACCCUGGACUCGGCCAUGCUCCGAAUGGCCUUGCUGAAUGAUCUGGAGGGCGAGGUGGUCCAGACCUUGGACGUACCAGCCCAAGUGGAGACCAUCCCAAGCGCUGAUGGUACCGCCGAAGAGACGCACCUCGCAGCCCUCAUCCCCGAGCCGCCUGAGAACCCAGCAGGUGGCCCUUGGUAUGUGAAGAACUUCCAGGCGUCGCUAAACGGCCAGAGCUUUCGGGCGUGUCCGGAGCAGCCUCCGAUGAAGUUGGAGCUGCCACAUGAGGGAUAGACGACUCGCUGAGACCCUUGGACCUGAGACGGUGGAUGUUUGUUUGUGACUCAGUGGGUUUGUCCAAGAGUCCAAACCCAAAUCCACUGAGCAUGUCUCAUAGCCUUUAUUACAAAUGUAUCAUGGUAACCUGUCGAAGGACUCGCCUGUCUCUGAUGGAUCUCCGUCUCACUUGGUGAGUGGACAGGGCGAAGUCGGGCGAUGCCGAUUUUUCCUCAGCUGAAAGAGUUGCAGCGACUUGUUUUAUUUAAGGGCUGCCGCCCCUGCCGCCGACCCCGGGAUAUACACCAACAACAGCAAUCACAGCAGCAGUAGUAAGAAGAAGACCCAGAAGCAUCACAAGAUCAGAAAAACCACUAGCAACAGGCAGCAAGAAGCAUAGUAGGAAUGCCUCUGUUCUGGCUGUGCUAAUAGACUGGCGGCUGUUUGCGGGGGCUUUGUUGGACAGCCCAGGUGCUGAGCCAGCAAGGCUUGUGCUGCGGCAGCCCUGGUGCUGACCGUAGCACUUCCUGUGGACGGCCGCAGGUCUAUCUGCGUGGCUGGAGAAUGGCAAGCAGAAGAAGAAGAAGAAGAAGAAGAAGAGGCAGAAGAAGAAGAAGAAGAAGAAGAAGAAGAAGA